ACUUCCCAUGAUUCUCUGCUGUCAUGUGGGCGAAGGAAGCUAAACGGAUGAAGAGGGGCUAGUUGGCUUUACUUGAUUAAAUCUUGAUUUUAUCAAACAAUUAUCGCCUUUUCUUUAUUUGUAAAACGUCGCUGUUAUUAGACAGCUGUAUUCUAAUCCAAAGUACGUGUCUAUCUCGGACGAACUGUUGUUGUCAAGCAGGAAUCAUCUAAAAUAAGGGAAGACACCCCACUGAAUGCCAGACCGCGAAAGAGAAAACAGUGAUGGUGUUCGAGCUGCCAACCCACUGAGCUCUCCGAGAGAAGACAUCUGAUGAAAACUCCCAGCAGCGUUACUGAUUCCAGCAUGGAAGACAAGGCAAAUGGCUCUGUUGACACCAAAAGCCCAGUGGAGAACGGUCAGCUGCCGGAUCCUGCCAGCUGGGGGGUCGCCGAUGUCGUCAAUUACUUUAAAGCAACAGGGUUUGAGGAGCAAGCCACGGCUUUCCAGGAUCAGGAAAUCGAUGGCAAGUCGCUGCUCCUGAUGACGCGUAACGACGUCCUGACGGGGCUGUCGAUAAAGCUCGGCCCUGCGCUGAAAAUCUACGAGUAUCACGUGAAGCCACUGCAAACUCAGCACCUGAAGACCAAUGCCUCGUAGCACCGCAGGCCGCCAGUGCACCCACCUCAGUGACAAUCAUUGUGUCAGGUGACCCCAGGUUAGCCGUCGCUUCAUAAAGACUCCUCUGGCCACAGUGGCACCUUAACGGGAUUUGAAUGCUGUAUGUUUUUAUAAGCGUGUACCCCAAAAAUGGGUUGCACAUGGAGUCCACUCAGAUGUUUACCCUUUCAGCCAUUCUUGUUUCUGCUGCUUGAGAAAUGUAUUUUUAUUUUUGUUGUGUGUGUGUGUUUAUUUAAAAGAAGGAAAUUUGAGGAGACCAUGAUUUUGUGUGUGUGUGUACAAUGUGAAUUAACCUAUGUUUGGUUUAAAAACAAAAAGUAUUUGUAUAUAAGAUGAUAUAAAGUUGAAAACUGUAUGUCCUAUUGUACCCGAAAACUUUGAUACAAGCAGAACAUUUUUCUGCUGCAUCAUAUUUUGCCCUAAAAUCUGUUUUUAUGCUCCACUGCGCGCAGCUGAAUCCCUGAGUCGUCCUUGGCAUGUAACAAUGAAGCAUUUUGUUUUCCCAGACACAAGAAGUCAAUCAAAAGCCUCUUUGUUCCUGCAAUUAUCUAGGCUCAAAGCUCUUGAUAUGAAAUUAUUUAUGUGUAUAUAUUCUUAUUAUGUUCCUACCUGUGGUGCUUUCAGCAUUGUCUCAAAGACAGUCAUGUUGAAGUUAGUAUGACCAACGUAUGUGUGCAACAUAACACUGGAGUUUGAAUAUCUGAGUCAAAGAUUUGCAAUAAAUGGUGCUCUUUUCUCACCAAAGAACAA